GACGAGCCUCCAACUUAACACGUCGAAAUCACAGGCGCACAUCGCUCCCUACUCUAUGGUGUUAUUAAAAAGCAAAAUCUGUGGUGGAGAAGUUGUAAUUAGCGAGAUAUUGUUGCGGUCGAGGCCGAAACCCAUUGAGGCGUGAGUCAGCGAGUCAGUGUAGCUUCUGGCCGCGACCGGCGCGCGCGUGCCGCCAUGUUCCGCGCACUCAACGACGGAUGGAAACGGUUCUGGUGGGGCACAGGAAUUUUACCAGACCGAGCCAAUAGUAUAGAAGAUAUUUACUUACGAUUUUACAAUGGGACGAAAUUCGACGAGUACGUGGACAUCCGGCUGAGCCAGGCGGCGCGGCUGCUGGAGGCGAAGGGCUUCGACAAGGGAGCCCCCACCGUGCUGUACACGCACGGCUUCGUCGAGACCGCUCUUAAAGAGAGUGUUGAGGUGAUGGUGACAGCAUACUUGGAAGCGCGGCCGGGCACGAACGUGGUGCUACUAGACUGGUCCAACAUGGCUCACGGCUCGUAUCUCUUGAACGCGGCCAGAAACACUAAAAAGGUGGGCAUAGCUGCGGCAGAGCAGUUCAACAAGCUGCUGGAGGCGGGGCUUCCUCUGGAGAAGCUGCACGUGAUUGGCCACUCGCUCGGCAGCCACGUCGCCGGGUACUUUGCGCGGGAGUUGAGGAAUCAAUACGAUAAGACUGUCAAACGCCUAACAGCUCUAGACCCGGCGUUCCCCGGCUUCUACCCUGACGGCGUGAUGCUGGAGCACGUGGUGGCCGCCGACGCGGAGUUCGUGGACAUCAUCCACACGGACGCCGGCUGCACGGGGGCGCCGGUCCGGACCGGCCAUGUGGACUUCUGGCCCAACGGGGGCAAGAGCGUCCAGCCGGGCUGCCCCAAGUUCGCGCCUAUACCGCUGUCUGAUGAUAAUCUCUGCAGCCACUGGCGGUCGUGGAGGUUCUACGCGGAAUCAGUACGCACCCCCCGCGCCUUCCCCGCCUCCCCCGCGGACUCCUACAAGAAGUUCAAGGAGAACCCCACCCCCGAGGUCGGGGUGGUCUACAUGGGCAUCGACUGUGAUAAUAGUGCAAGAGGAAAUUUUUACCUAAAAACGAAUGGACAGACACCAUUUGGAAGAGGCAUGGAUGGGAUCAGAAGAAAACAAGCCCCUGCCUCAAAGGAGUCUUAAGGUUCAGAACCAUUAGAGUUUAGUAGGUGACUAGUUUUAUAAGGAUUAUCUGACACUGAUCUUUAGUUAAAAUUUGAUUUCAUGACUGAUUUUGUAUAGUUUGACUUAAAAACGCAAAAAUUCGAAUACACACCACGUUUGAAUAUAAAAAUACCUACCUCAUAUAAAGAAACCAAAGUAGUAGUAAGUACUCCACUGAAAAUAUAAACUCUACUUUAAUACGGUUCUGAAAGUUUGUAGUAGGUACUGAAGAUUAUGUUUGUUAUUGUUUUUUCAUUACUGGCUUGCCUAAAAUUAAACGCCUAGCUCAAUCUUGCCUUGGCUAUACAAAAUGUUCAAAAAAUAUAUUUUUUAAAGAAUUAGAACGUUACAUAAAAUUUAAAGAG